AUGGAUGAUCAUAUUCCAGAAACUCGGGCAACUCGCCAGGAACCCGUUUCGGCUCUAGCUAUGUUGAAGGCCAAACGACAAAGGCAAGGUUCGCCCGACAGCGCGCACUCGCGCUCUUCUUCCCAGUCGAAGAACUCCAUUCAAGAUCGACUAUUUACCAAGCUUCUCCAACAAGUCAUUCCUACUGAUGACGAUGAGGAAACCCAUAAUGGGGACAAAACCAUGGCGAAUUCCCCGCAGAAACCACCAUUCAGCUUGCCAGCAAUGACUAACAACUUCCGCCGAUUUAAUGGAAGAAUCGGUGUCGUAUUUCUCUUUCAAGCCCAAGCAGAGGAACUGUUCUGCUGGGAAACACCGACUCAUACAGUGUCUUUCCUCUUCGUCUAUUCAUUUAUUUGCUUGGAACCACACCUCUUACUGGUACUGCCACUUGUGAUAUUUCUUCUCUUCAUCAUGGUGCCAGCCUUUUUGACUCGCCAUCCACCACCACCAUCUACGUCGACCUCUAGUACGACACCAUACUACUCAUACGAUGGCCCGGCAUUAGCCCCGGCAAAAACUAUCAAACCGGCACCUGAAACUUCAAAGGAUUUCUUCCGUAACAUGCGCGAUCUACAGAACGUCAUGGCGGAUUUCUCUGACGGUCAUGAUGCGGUUGUAUCGUUAGUUGCGCCACUAACCAAUUUCUCUAAUGAGAAACUCUCCUCGGCCCUUUUCUUGGGCGGCAGUGUGGCUACUGUACUACUUUUCUUGACAGCGCAUCUUCUGCCAAUCCGACUGUUUCUAUUAAUUGGCGGCAAUGCAGCCAUCUUGUCAAACAAUCCUAAAAUAAGACAGUUCUUCCAGGGCCUCCUCGAGGAUGUGGGAGGCUUAUCGGACUUAGACUCCCCUCUGGGAGAGGAAAAGGAACGUGAGUUGUUUGGACAGCCGAUUCCCCAAACGCCAGCUGCGGCCGUGUCUGCCCUGGAGAAGUUCGCGGAUAUAUCGUUGGACACGGACCCGGAGGAACGUGAAGUGGAGAUUUUUGAACUUCAAUACCGCGCACCGGGCACUUCAGAGUCAGGUUGGGAUAAUUAUCUGUUCAGUCCUCUUCCAUACGACCCACUAUCUCCAUCACGGAUCGCAGGUGACCGGCCUCGUGGAUGUCGAUUCUUCGAUGACGUUCGUGCGCCAUCCGGUUGGAAGUGGAAGACCAAGAAGUGGGAACUUGAUCUGGACUGUCGGGAGUGGGUAGUGGAACGUAUGAUUACAGGUGUGGGCUUUGAGGUUCCCGGUGCCACUUCUGAAGGCAAAGCUAUUAUCGAUGAAAUAGGAGGGUGGGUAUGGGAUCUCCCUGCCGAUUCACCUUCUCACGAGGAGGACGAAAUACCCACAAUGGCCUACGGAGAUUUGCAAGCAGAGAGCAAGCAUGAGCCUAAGUCAUCAAAGGAUAGUGGCAAAUACACCAGCCGAGAUUGGGAAGAAGGAGCCACUGCUUACGAAGUAGGAGAAUGGCGUCGACGUCGAUGGGUGCGAAUUGUACAGCGGAUGAAUGUCCCACCAACUGGAACUACCACAGUCACAUACUCUACACUGAAUCAUUAA